GGAGGGAGAGAGAGAGAGAGAGAGAGAGAGAGAGAGAGAGGAGACUUCCAUCUCUUCAACAUUGCGACAUUUUUCUAGAGUGAAAGAGAGAUGCCAACCAUCACAAAACUGUUUUCGUUGAAAGAGGCCUCAGAACACAACAGUAAAGAAGAUUGCUGGGUCAUCGUUUCUGGAAAGGUAUAUGAUGUGACGAAUUAUUUGGAUGAGCAUCCUGGAGGGGAUGAUGUUCUCAUCAAUGCAGCUGGGAAAGAUGCAACUGAUGAAUUCGAAGAUGCGGGCCACAGCAAAAGCGCGAGGGAGCUCAUGCAAGACUAUUGCAUCGGAGAGGUAGACCCAACUCCAAUUAUCCCAGAACUUGAGAUAAUUUCCAAAGAUCAGCCUACCAAUAUCGCCCACGUGCUCAUGGACAAGACCUUGCAGUACUGGGUCUUCCCAGUGGCCAUCGUUGCCAUUUCUGUUGUAGCGGGUUUGUUGUAUUUGCGUAAGAAGUGAACAUGCUUGAAACUCAUAGCCGUUCAUUUACUUCCAUAGGAGGAAUGCACUUGUAGAAGGCCAUCUGGGGCCUGCCUGUACUCCCCACAUAUGCCAACGUCUAUGAGAUCUGGGGUAGCUCAUCAUGUAGUCUGCUUAUCAGGUGGGCCACCCAUAUAAGUUGGAUGUGGACUGUUGAUUAUCUUUUUUUAACUGUCCAUUUCUUAAUUAGUAUGUGGCUAGGACGUAUUAAAGGUGGAGUCCACCUGAUGAACUACCCUGAUCUCAUACAUGUGUGCCCAGUUGGGAUGUGUGGGGGUGUCAUGUCUGGCAACCGCAGAUCUGCUUCUGCAACUAGCAUUCCUUGUGUCAUAGAUAGAGAUACAUCUUUACGGCGUAUGAAAAACACCAAUCAAAAGAAAUUUUGAAAUCAUAACUGAGAGUUGAAUGCCAGUGUACAACGAGUACGAACUCGUGAUUAUGUUGCUAGCCAUGCAUGAAUAUGGGUCUUGAUUUAUGCAUUCAUAAACACAUAUAUGAACAAAGAUAAUAACAUACAUGCAUGGGCAUUAUCAUCAUCA